UUUUAUUUGAGUUUUAAUAUUUGCCAGAUUUUACCCCUGGACAUUACUUUUCCCUCUUUGAACAAACAUUUGUUUGUUUCUGGUUUUCUGUUUUUACAGGUACGACCUUUUACACUUGGUCAAUUGAAAGAAUUGUUGAGUAGGACUGGAACCUUGGUGGAAGAAAACUUCUGGAUAGACAAAAUCAAAUCUCAUUGCUAUGUUACAUACUCCACUACAGAUGAAGCAUUAGCUACGAGGAAUGCUUUACAUGGAGUAAAGUGGCCUCAGUCCAACCCGAAGUUCCUUUCUGUGGAGUUCUCUGAACAGGAUGAGUUGGACUUCCACAGAGGGUUGCUGUCUGACAGAACAGUUGAGGGUCCUCGGCUCCCAGAGGAAAUAGUCCGAGCAGCAGAGCCUCCUUUGUCAGAGCGCACUGUUCGAGACCAGUGGGCAGAAAGAGAGAGAGAAAUGGAACGUCGGGAAAGGACACGAGCUGAACGAGAGUGGGACAGAGAUAAGGUUAGAGACUACAACCGGCAACAUAACAGUGCCAGUGCUGAAGAUCCAAAUCGUAGAACCCGAUCUCGAUCACGGGACCAUCGACGCAAAGAGCGAGCCAAGUCAAAAGACAAAAAGUCUGAGAAAAAAGAAAAAGUUCCAGAAGAACCACCAGCAAAAUUGUUAGAUGAUCUGUUCUGCAAGACCAAAGCUGCGCCAUGUAUUUACUGGCUACCUCUCACUGAUGAACAGGUUGUGCAAAAAGUUGUAGAACGAGCAGAGAGGAUGAAAGAACGUGAGAAACGGCGCAAGGAGCUUGAAGAAGAACAGCGCAAGAAGGAAGAGGAGAGGAAAGAGAGACUCAAAGAAAGAGAGAAGGAAGCCGCAGAGCGAGAGCGUGAGAGGGAGCGCUUACGGGAACUGGAGAAAAGACGCGAGCACAGGCGUGGAGUUGGUGACAAUCGAGGUGGCGGGUGGAGGCGUGGCAGCCGCCGGUCACGCAGCCGCAGUCGUAGUACCCCUCCACCUAGAGACAGACGGCGCUAGUCCUGUUCCUUUAGCUAGAAUGGAUGGAUUUGCUUUGACACAGGGACGAGUUUCUGAAUGAAGAAUUAACCCGACUCCCAUCUAUUCUUACUGUUGCUCUCCUCUUUCUGAACACCCAGCCUCAACAAUUUUUGUGGAUUGCGUUAAAUGAUCACUAUGGGUGCUUUUAUGAAUUCUUCACCAGUGAUGACAAAUUUUGAACCAUCUUCCCUUUUGAGGUUUUCUGGGUGGAAUUUUGAAGUGUACGCACCUGGGAGUUCGGCUUCUAAAUCUGUUGUCAGAAUCUGUUCAGGGAAGUUAAAGAAAAGCUGUUUUUGUUUUGUUUUUUUUUCUCUUAACAAUUCUCCAUGUGUUUUUAAUUUGGUAUGUAACUCGUAUGGCCGGUCACCAUGUAAUGGUGCUGAUUCCUAAUGGAUAGGACAUCGGAAGGUAGGAAUUUAUUUGUAUAAAGGUUUUAUUCUUUUUUUUUUUUCUUUCCUCCUUUUUCCAGUUGCUCACCGUUACCACCCUCUUGGGCUUUAAGGCCAUUUGCUUAGAGUCGGGCCGCUCCACGUAGGAGGGGUGAAAUUUUAACAGUGGCGAAGGCCGACUAUUGAGCAUGUUUAGUCUGUGCUUUGUGUUGACCUUCAAGGCAAAGGCCAGAAUGUUAUGAUUUGAAGAGGACUGUUUUAUUUUUUUUAUUCUAUGAUGAAGAGUAUUUUCCCACAAGUGCUGAAUGUACAAACAAAUUUCAGAAAUACAGGCAAGAAUACGGCAUUCCAGUUGAAGUGUUUUUUUCCCCACAAUUAAGCCAUUAUUUCCAUCCCACAGUCAGCCAGGGUGUGGAUGUCCUGCUGUCCGGCCCUCCUCAAUGGUGGUGUCACAAGUUGAUGAUUGGCACCCGGGUGGGUUGUGAUGCGAGGGUCUGAGCCCCUCGCCUUAUUCCGUUUGAGUUCCCCUUUUCUUUUUAAUUUAUCAGAAGCUGAGAGUUGUGUUGUAAAUGGCUGGCACCACCUCUACUGAAAGCAAAGACAUGCCAUGUCUAUAAUUUUUUUCUCAUGGAACAUUUUUGUAAAAAUUUUAUUUGCUGAGGAGUAAAAUAAAAAAAAAAAUAUAUAGUAU